AUUUUCAUUGUUUGCCAAACAUAUGGAGGUUCUCUACUCCUCAGUUUUAUAAAGAGUUAUUGGCCAUAUUUUCUCAGUAUGUCUGGUGUCUGGCUUGCCCAAAGACUGCUUGUUAAAUAUGUCUUCAUUCAAAAGAAGGAUGGGCUUGUGGCAAUCAUCCGGAGGCGAGGUUUCAACCACCUGUCCUACUUUUUCUUCUUUUUCAAUUCACUUCUUGGUGGAGUAUCGUAUAUUCUUCGCCUCGUAAGCGGUCUCCUGCUGGGUUUGUUAUUUCUGGAGAGAACACAGAAAAGCUUGAUUCCACGUUCCUUUGAGCGCUUUGACCGAGGUUACGUUUCUUAUCUGUCAUAUCUACACGUGGAACAUACAUUUGGCAAUCCUGUGUUGGUGGUCUUUGUAAAACUUCUGAAUCUGUGUACACAGUGCAGCGAAUUUGGUAAAAUACAAGAUGCUAAUGUUGUCGAAAACGUGACUGGCAGAACAACAGCUUCGUUGGAAAGAUAUCACUUGGCAAGAAAUAGAUGGUUCCUUGCGUACACAUUGAUUAAAAACCCAGCCUUGAUUACAUUCAGAGGUAAAAACUUGCCUGUGGCUACAGCAUCAGAGAAAGAUGUAGUCUUGAAUAUUUAGGCGUCUUGCGAUGAUGUCUUGGUAUCCUGAGAGUGUUACGACUCUGCAGAGCGGCUCUGCUGACUUCGAAGGAAGGGUUUUGAGUACUUUUAUCUAUAUUUUCAAAGUAACAAUAUGCUGUUUUUCGUAGUAGCCUAGACAAAGGUAGGUUCAUAGCGUAUCUGUUUCAGAUCACCCAUAAGGGUGUAGAUGAAAGAAAUUUUGAUGCAAGCAUGUAGAAGUUUGUAUUUUUCUUAGUAAUCUGGUAAAUAUUGUCUUCCAAGACAACAAAGCAGCUGUUGAGUAAAGUUUUUUGAUAAGUCCUAUGUUUUCCUGCGUGAUUUCCAUUCUGCAGCUUUUGGUAGGUGGAUGGCUUCGUGAUUCCCAACAAAGCGAAAGGUGUGCAUUUUCGCUAUUGCACCUAUACUCGAUCAUAAACACUGAAGUGAAUUGACUUGGUUUUACUUUCAAGGCACUUAACUUUUUCACCAAUUCUGUUUUUUCGCCUAACUUUUCAGGAAACGUGCAUAAUUCCAAUGUAGCUCAAGGUGUGUGUGCCAAAUUGUGUUUCGCGGGGGUUCAGUGCUUAAUUAACAAAGGAACAAUGGGGCACUCUCACAAAUUCUCACAAAAUAAUUGCAAAGUAAGGGAAGGCUUACUUCUUAGCAUUAUGAAGGGGGCUCCUUGGCCACCCUUGGGUUAUGCACCAUUAGUACUUUAGUAUUGUGUUCCUCCCUACAUCCUCGACCAUAGACUGACGAAAUGUAAUUGUUUUAUCAGAAGACUUUUAUCAGAAAAUCAUGCAUCAAAAGCACAAGGUUUAUAUUAUAUACAUCCUUCUUUUACCAUCGCUAAUGGAAUGGGUUAGCCUUCAGUACUUAUUAUGCACAUCAAACUUGAGGUAAACAAAAUAUCUCGAGUUCGCACUUUGCAAUAACGGGACAUUGGUAGUUGUGGGAACCCUGCGCAGGAGCCAUAUUUCCAGUAGUCAUUUAUUUGCUAUUGUGAUUGAUUUUGUUUGCGUGUUUAGAGUCACAUGCUUUUGCUUAUUAUAUAGGAGCUGUAAACAUAUUGAUUUAUUGAGUAAUUUACCUUUGUGUUAUAGAAUUGAUGAGUAACUUGAGUUAGAGGAGUUGCCACGAGUUUUUUUUGGGAGAGUAGGAGCGUAGUCUCUGAUAAAAUUGAUUAUGGAAAAUUGAUACAA